UUUGACGGCUAUCGAGCCUUCUAAAAUAUGGAUAGUGUAUAGUCCAUGUAAGAUAUAGAGCUCUCUGGAAAGACCUAUAUGUAGAUGCAAUUGUGAAAGUCUGGUGUGCCUUACACUUGCUGUUCACAAUCACUUCCAGUGUGAAACAUGUAUCGGGCAAACUUAGUGGCGUUAUCCAGCAUAAUGUUUUUCUUGUGCUGCAUGACAAGCUCAUCCAACGGGAAGAAAAGUUCGGGUCGCACAACGGCUGUAGUCACAUUUCCCCCGAAUUACCAGAAUAUUACCCUCAGCGAAGAGUGCAGAUUCGAGGACUGCCAACAAAGAUGCUACGAUAACCACAGAGACUCCUAUGACGUUAAAGGACAGUGCCACUACUUCACAUGCAUUUGUCAGUUCAAAAUACCGUGCACUCUCAGGAGGUGCAUCCGUGAGUGCAGAAAAAGAAAAGACACGCGUAAGUUUGGCCUGAAGGCGAUAUGCCAGAGAGAAGAUUGCCACUGCGACUGGAAAAAUAGGUGCUUCUACGCGCAGUGCAUAGAAUCGUGCAAGAGAGAGCUAAGGUGGACUGAAGAGGAUGCCUAUCGUUGGUCAGUCAGGGCGAGAUGCGUGAACGGGGAUUGUAUCUGCAGAUCGGCGCCACCACUAUAGAAACGGAGUAAACACCAAUAAAAGGUGGAGGAGGAGCCAUAAGUGUCAAUGGUUUCUUGCGUGAUGAAUAAAGAACGUGAAAAUGCAAAUACCUG